AAAUGGGAAUUACACAAACACAGAAGUAAUCAUGUUUGUUCAUUUCUAUUGCUUUUUUAUUUUUCUUUAAUCAUUUUGUGUUGGUGGGGAGGUAAUUCAACUAUCAAUAGCUCUCAAAAGCUGAGCUUUAACCUAGACGUUUUUAUAUAAUUAACUAUUAUAAUAAACGAUUGAUAAGUGGAAAUAGAUGCGCAUGCGCACAUGGAAAGAAAACAGGAACUGGUUAUCCAGGGCAGAUGUGUUCGUUCUUAUACGAGGUUAACUGCUAUAAAAUAUUUCAUUGUGUCCCGGCUUGAAAUAUUGGAAAUCGAAGUGAGUGAUGGUUUAUAUAUUCACCCAUGCGUGAGAUAUCUGGAUUGUAAGUUGAUACCAAAAAAAUGGAAAUGUCCGCCAAAGAAGACUACAAGAUCCAGUCGUUUGACCCUGAAACUCAGAACCUUCUGAAAACAGCUCUCAAAGAACCAAGUUCAGUGGACCUGGAGAAGGUAGCUGAUGUUAUCGUGGAGCAAUCUCUGAAGGAUCAGGUGUUCAGCAAAGAAGCGGGCCGCAUCUGCUACACCAUUGUACAGGCAGAGGCCAAGCAGAGUAACGGCAGCGUGUUUCGGAGACGGCUUCUAACGCGCCUCCAGCAGGAGUUCAAGGUACGAGAGGAGACCAGAGCACACUCGCUGCAGGAGUGGGUGUGCUAUGUCACCUUCAUCUGCAACAUCUUUGACUACCUCAAGGUGAACAACAUGCCCAUGGUGGCUCUGGUGCAUCCUGUGUACGACUGUCUGCUGAGGCUGGCCCAGCCCGAUGCCCUGCUGAACGAGGAGGAGGUGGACUGCCUGGUACUGCAGCUGCACCGCAUCGGGGACCAGCUGGAACAGGUGAAUGGCCCGCGCAUGGACGAGCUCUUCUUCCUGCUGAGGGACGGCUUCCUGCUACAGGAGUCCAUCGGCUCCAUGGCCCGCCUGCUCCUGCUGGAGAUGCUGGAGUUCAGGGCGGGCGGCUGGAAGCUCAGCAGCACGGCCAACAAGUACUACUACAGCGAGCUGAGCGACUGAGGCGCCAGUGGGCCAAGAGUGCCCCAUUCAGCCAGCCAAUGCUAGAUUUGCAGCCACUCUGCGCCACGGCUAAUGGAGAGAGAAACACGAGAGGACCAGAGACUUCCUCGCUCUUGAUGACAUUUAGAGGAGAGACACAAAUGAUGAGAGUAGGAUAUAGAGAGUAAGACUUCUUCCACAGCUCCCUUUUCUUAGUCCAUGCUGUUUGGGACAAAGCUCAUUUGAUUGACAGCUACUCAUUCUGUUAAAUCAGAUAGAUGGCCGAAUUAGGAGUUACGAGUGCGGAUGUAAUGAGGUAGUGAAUCACAAUAUUUUGAAGGUAUCACAUGAAGGUAUGGAUUCCAGAGAAAAUGCAUUUCUUGAAAGCUGGUUCUAUCUUGUUCGCAGUCCAGUCUUGGUGAACGUUCCGAUUUUUCUCCUCCUUAUAUAAUAUAUUUUAAUUCCUUAAAUAGCUUUGAUAGACAUUCUAGGCAGCUAAAUCAGAAUGGGCUGGCUAUAUAUAUAUAUAAAAAAAAAUCAUUAUUAUAACAUUAUUUAGAUCACUAUCAAUCAGAGUUGAGCAUAUGUCCUGGUUACUUUAAGUUACUAGCUAGAUCUUAUGUUAUUGCAGCUUUAAAGGUUUGUGUUUGGUGGAACCUGUCUUAGUUUCCAUUGAACAAUGAUAAUUUACUAAAGUUACAGAUGUGCUAGAUAGCUUUCAAAAGGAGAUCUGUGUGUAGUAAGUUUUUACAUUUUCCUUGAAACCACAUACCUUUCUUACAAUAGCAAAUGCCUGAAAGAUUUUUUAUCUACUGUUUUUUUAAGUUAUUGAUUGUACAGAAUUUCUAAUCAAAACCAGCGGGAAAUCUAGCGAGAUGUCCUUAUUAGCAUUAUUUUGGUUAUAGAUUAUUCAGGGUUCAUAUUUGUCCUGUCAAAUCAAAGUGCCAACGUGAUCUACACAAAUGCAUUCAAUGCAGACAAUUAUAUUUAUUUAGGUGUCCAUAACUUAUCAAGAGAAUACAAAAAUCCUAAUAAAAUAGCUAUAGUAUUUUCUUGAUAUCUCACUUGCUCACUUACAUUUUUUAGUUUACUUCAUUGGUAUUGCUAUCAGAAGUGAUAAAAUGAUACAUUUUAACAAUGAAUGCGACGAGUCUUUUGCAGCUGGGUCUACAACUGUUUUCUCUUGCUAGGUGACAGCUUCUUCACUGACCAAAGUGAACAAUCAGACCAGUAACCAGCUACAUUUUGGGUUAGAACCAUUGAAAACAGGGAUCACUGUAAUAAGUGAAAGAUGUUUUAUUUAAUAAAACAUUUCUUUAGAUGUGUAAUUGAGUUUGUGAAUUUAAUUUGUUGAAUUUGAGGAUUAGCUUCAGUCCAAACUUUAGGGGUUAGGAAACCCUAUUAAAUGAUUUACAAUAAUACCUUAGCAUUAACGCAUGGUGGACACAAGUUGAUCUGUCAUUAACAUGUCAAGUAUACUAGGCCACUAACUAAAUGCUAAGUUUAUUGAUGUACCCUUAUUGUAGAACUUAGUUACUGAAUCAUUUAUAACGACUUCAUUUCAUUCAUUCAUUUUAUCAAGUCUCCUCGGGAGUAACCUUUCGAUAUUCCUUUCGAUAGCUUAUACAGACAGGGGACGCCACACCUCUCUGACCAGAGCAGUCAGGGUGGGGCGUCUCGCUCAGGGACGACUCGACACUCAGCUAGGAGGAGCCGGGGAUCGAACCAGCAACCUUCCGGUCACCAGCCAACCUGCUCUACCUCCUGAGCUACUGCCGCCGACUUUAUAACGACUAGUUCCCUAAAAGUUCAUGGCCUUGUCUUUACCUUAUUCAGGUUUCACAGCCAGUCAUUGGAUUUGUUUGUUUUAGAAGGGGAAGACUAUUGGUGGACACAAAUUGAUCUGUCAUUAACAAGCCAUACUUAUCAUUAACGUUGCAAUAUUCUUCCAGGAUUGAUGAGAGCCAAAGUAGAAUUUCCACACUGCUGUAUCCAUUUAUCAAUUAGUAUGUAUGAAAUGUUAUCAAUAUACGAUGGGCAUUGUAUAAUUGUCACUGCAAGUUUAUACAUCAUACACACGCAAUACAAAAAAAGUGUCUAAAUACAGUUGGGCUUAAGAUGAUGAAUGAUGUACAAUUGAAUUGUGGGUACUCCACCACCCAGAAUGGAUUCCACUGCACCCGGGGCAGGGGUACAGUCAGUGUGUUUCAGGUCCAGUGGAGUUUGUCUUGUUUUAAACCCACACUUAUAGCGGGGGCGCUCUAAACUGACUACCACCAGCGGUAGUGGGCAUAGGCUCUGUUGGAUUCUGCCAUCUUGUGUAGCUCGUGUUUCUUCUUAAUUACGUUGCCCUCCUUCACAAAGGCCGCCAGAAGUUCCUGGGAAAGUUUUUCAUAGAGAUGCGUGCGCCUGUGUCUGUUCUCCCUGCACUCUGUGAUAAUCCACUUCAUAGCCAGGAAGCGCCGGCGAUUGUCAGUAAGAGGGAUGGGAACCUGGAUGGGUACAAUUCAAAACAUUUAGGUUAUUGGCACACUCCUGCUUGGUGAUGGUACCUAAUAUCUGACUGCAUUCAAAACCAGUUA